AUGGUAUAUUUAAAUAUUGGAGUGACGAGAAACGAACCCGAAAUCGAAGAAGAAAUAAUUGAAGACGAGGAAAUAUUAAAAAAUAUCGAUGAUUGUUAUUUUAACAGCGAGGAUUGUUUUGAUGCACAACAUUAUCAAUUAAAGAAACUUCCCGAAGGCCUUGAUUGCGGAGACAUAAAAAAAAGUUUAAAUGUUUUAUAUCGUCAACAUGGUGUUGUGUCAAAAAAAAUGCUUCAAUUAAUAUUGGAAAAAGAAUCACAGUGUAAAGAAGAAUUGGGUAAAAUAUUUCAAACAGUUAAAGAUAUCGGAGUCGCUUUGGCUAUAUGUAGAGAAAGUAGAGAACAUUUGAGUUUAGCGAAACAACAAUUUACGACUGCCAGUUUGGGUAUAUUGGCAAAUUAUAAAAGGAAACAAAUAAUUUAUCAAUUAUUAAAAAAUUUAAAAACAAUCAAAACAUUGCAAAAAACGGAUGAAAGACUGCAAGAAUUACUUUUAGAAGAAAAUUAUCCUGGUGCCAUUAAUUUAUUAUUGGAAUGUCAAAUAGCAGCAUCAAAUUUUAAUCAUUUUAAAUGUGUUGCUCAAUUAAAUUGUAAACUUCAAGAUACAUUAUACAUGACUGAAGAGCAAUUAGAUGUAGCUUUAAAUAAAAUAUGUAGAAAAUUUAAUUUAAGUAUUUACAGUAAACUUCAAGAAGCAUAUAAUCUUCUUGAUAAAAGUCAAACAGUUAUGGAUCAAUUACUUAUGCAUUUUACAUCUGAAAUACACAGUGCCAUGUUCAAAAUUGUACAUAAAUUUGCUCAAACAGAUGCAAAUUUGAAAAAACAAUUUGAACAAUUGUGUAAAUUGGUUCCACUGUCGAAAUUUAUUCCUUGUCUACAAUCUCUCUGUCAAAAUCUUUGGCACAUACUAAAUUCAUAUUAUCAAAUUUAUCACUGGCAUCAAUCUCAUGAUAAAGAAAAUUUAGAAACAGGGAUUCCAUCGAAAGAUAUUGAAAUAACACUUAAUAAACAAUAUGUUAAACAAAAAUUAGAAACUGGAUUAAAAAGAUUAUGGAAUGAUAUACAAAAUAGAAUAUCAUUGUUUCUCACCGCCCACGAUUUUGCCGAUUAUAAAUUUGACGAAUUGUUGGUGGUUUUAGGUUUGGUACGCAGAUUGAUAGAAGUUGGUGAUGAGUUUUGCAAUUCAAACAGUUCGGAAUUGGAAAAUUCAAUGAGACAAUUAACAAUAAAAUAUUUUGAAAAUUAUCACGCGAGUAAAUUAGAAGAACUUAGAAUAUUUUUAGAAAAUGAAUCUUGGACUCAGUGUCCCGUACGAUCAAAAUUUAAUUUAACUCAUUUACAGGAAUUUAAAUCUCUUAGACACACGAUAGAAAAUCAUAGAAAGUCAAAAUCGCAUAAACCCUCGACAUCGGAAACGUCAGAAAAUGACCCAAUUAAUAAUUCUUCUUCUAAUUUAUCAACGGAUGGAAGCAGUUAUCUCAAUAAUAAUUAUUUUAUUAGGUUUCAAGAUGGCGGCGAAACGCCAUUCGAUUCGAAUAUAGACGAAAGUUACUACGAAGAAGAUAUUCUUAAUACAUACGGAGAAAGAAUACCCGAAUACAUGUCUGACACGUCCGAAGAUUCGGAAAUUGACGAAUUGAAAAAAGAUUACGUCGAAGAUGGUCCACCAUUAGAAUCAGGGAAAAUAACAUGUCCGAUUGUGGCAAAUACUACGCUCACAGUUUUAAGACUUUGCGGUGAAUAUUUACAAAUGUGUAAACUUCUUAAACCCAUUGCAUUGGAUGUUAUAUUAUCAAUGUGUCAAUUAUUCGAUUAUUAUCUUUAUAACGUUUAUCAUUUUUUCACCAAAGAUUUACUUGUUAAAAGUGCGACAAUGUUGAGUUUUAAACUUGAAACAACAUUAAAAAGAUUAGAUGAAUUAAUUGUUACCGUUGAAGAAAUUGAAAGUAAUAAUUUCGAUAUAAGAACAAAAAUGGUGCCUUCGAGAAUAUCCGAAAUGGUUGAUUUGAGUAACAAAGACAAUUUAUUCGGACUAACGGAGAGGAUAGUUGCGGUGGAAAGUUUGGCAUUUUUGGGUUCUCAAUUCGAUUACAUACAACCCUACUUAAUGCAUUUGGUACCGGAUGAAAAAAAACAUCUUUUACAACAUUUUUACUUACAGACUGUUGCUUCCGUUUCCGGUGUUAGGAGACCGAGUUACAUGUGCGUUUCCGGUCGUAUAAUCGACAUGAAUCAAAUAUUAAAAGAAAUGUCAAGGGUUAAUUUCGAAGUGAAAGAAGUCAUGAGUCAACAUAGUUCGUACGUUGAUAAAAUUGUUAACGAUUUGGAAAUAUUUUCGAAGAAAUUGGAUAGUUUGGACAUAAACGUACCCGUGGAAGCUUAUAACGUUUUAUGGGAAAACGUUGUUCACAUAGUUAAUAAUGCAUUGGUCGAAGGGUUUUCGAACGUUAAAAAAUGUUCCAAUGGCGGUAGAGCUCUCAUGCAAUUAGAUUAUGCUCAAUUCGUUUGCAAAUUGGAAAAAUUAACGACUCUUCGUCCGAUACCUAACAAGGAAUAUGUCGAACUCUACGUGAAAGCUUAUUAUUUACAAGAGAAUAAUUUGGAAGAAUGGAUAAAACAACACACGACUGAAUACACAAGCAAACAAUUGGAAGCGUUGAUAAAUUGCGCGUGUCAAAGCAGUAGAAAAACGAAACAAAGACUCCUUCAAAUUUUAGAAAAUGGAAAAUGA